AUGCUCGCGCUCAAGUACAUGCAGAAACUGCUUUGGAGUCUCAACUCGUACAUGUACCCUGAGGACGACCAGAAGACGGAGAACCAAAUCUUCACCACCGCCGUCAUGGUUGCCCAGAAGUAUGCCAACGAGUGCGACCAGAUCCUGACCUGCGGACCAUGGGCCCACAUAAUCGGUGUCUCUGUCGCCCCGGUGAGCUUGAUCGAGAAGAUGUUCCUCGAGGGCAUCGAUUACCACCUUGUCACUACUAUGGACGAGUACAACCUAUGGCUCGGUUACCUCGCCCACCUGACAGAGACUGUUAUGCCCUUGCCGUGUUCAGCCAUCCUCGCCCUUUGCCAACCUUCCCUCACCACCGUCUCGCCUAUGCUUCUCUCAGACCCUCCUUUGGCAUCGGAGCUUGCGUCGCUUGCACCCAAGACUGUCGCUACUGGUAUCAACCAUACUCAUCUAGACGGUAGACGUCGUGAGCCAGUCCGAGACAUCGAGCAAGCCAGUCAUCCAUCAGAAACUAUGGCGUCAUCAUCGAUCGGUGGGGCCGGAGUAGGAGAGGCAGCCGGGACAGGAGUGACAGCAGAGGCAACCGCUGGAGCAACAGGCGAAUCGAUCGUCCCUUCACCCUCAGAGCCGCCACUCUCUUCUGCACCCCACUCUCAGCAGCUUCACAGCCUGAAACGUCCAUCCCAGGCAGCUUGCGCGAACCGACCAACCUACCUCGACUCAUCUCCGACCACCGAGGGUCUGUCAUCGUCAAUGUGGAACUUAUCCAUAGCAUAG